AUGGAUCAGGUGUCCAGCCGGUCCGGACUGGGCAGUGAUGACAUUACAGAUGAGACCACAUCAAUGGUGGACGUCACAUGGAGCUCCGAGGAAGAUAGCUCCGACCCUCAGGCCCAGUGUCUCGCCGCGCCCACGACUCCUCAGCAGACCUACAAGCAGAAAUAUGACGAGUUUAAGAAGCUGUUCAAAGAGCUGCCGGAGUCCGAGAGACUCAUAGUGGACUACCCAUGUGCGCUCCAGAGGGAAAUCCUCCUCCAGGGACGCCUCUACCUGUCGGACAACUGGCUCUGUUUCUACAGCAAUGUGUUCCGGGGCACCAAGAUCACACUGACCCUGAAAGACAUCACGACGAUGAGCCGAGAGAAAACGGCGCGACUGAUUCCCAACGCGAUCCAGGUCUGCAUGGGCUCAGAGAAGUUCUUCUUCACCUCCUUCUCGGGGAGAGAGAAAAGCUACCAGACGGUUUUCCGCAUGUGGCAGAACACGCUGCUGAGCAAGCCUCUGACCUGCUCGGAGUUUUGGCAGAUGGUGAAACAGCAUUAUGGGCAUGACCUGGGCCUGAGCCAUGAGGAGAUGGAGUGCAUGCAGAUAGCGUCGGAAUUAAACAUGCAGAACAGCUUAACAGCGAGGCCCGGUGGGGAUGAUGGUAUCAGCAGGUUGGAGCGGCCCCCUUCCCUUCGCCUGCCUGUGCUGGAGAACGGGCCCUUAGACACCUCCACCCCUCAGGGGGAGGAUCUGCCUUCCCCUUUUGGCUCGCAGAAUUCAGCAAACAUGGACGACUCUCGGAACACCCCGACCCAGCGCCGCAGCCCCGCCCCCUCGCUUGACCGCCUGGCGCCAGAACGGGCCUCCAAGCGCUCCUCGCUGUCCCUCGACCUCAACGCCAAUGAGAAUGGCGAUUCUGAGCAGAGCUGUUCAGAGAGCAUUGAAGAAGUGGAGGAGCGAGUGGGUCUGACCCAGGUGCAGGGUCGAGUCCAUUUAAACAAGGUCUUCCACAUCAGCGCCAACAAAAUGUUCGAGCUCAUCUUCACCGACUCCAGCUUCAUCCGCAGGUUUAUGAGCAUCAGGAAGAUAACCAAUCCCUCCUUCCCCGCCUGGCAAAAAGACGCCUCGGGAAACAUGAAGAGGAGCCUGAACUACAUAGUUACCAUCAGCAACCCUCUGAUUGGCAAGUUCUCCGCGGCCACAGAGAACCAGACGAUUUACAAAGAAUCCAGUGAUGGUCAACAUUACAUCGUGGAUUGUGAGGUGUACGCUCACGACAUUCCGUAUCACGAUUACUUCUACACUCUGAACAGAUACUGCAUCAAGAGCUGCUCCAAGCGGAAGUGCCGUCUAAGCGUUUACACCGAUUUGAAGUAUAAGAAGCAGCCGUGGGGCCUGGUCAAGUCCUUCAUCACCAAACACUCCUGGAGCAGCAUAGAGGAGAAUUUCAGACAGCUCGAAACGGAGCUGCUGGAGGAGGAAGCCGAGCUGAAUCAGGGAGGCGGCGACCAAGGGAAGAUGGGUGGGCUGCGGAGGAGGAGGAGGACGUACAGCCGGACGCAGCAGGAGCACAUGAAGCCCAACAAGCAGUAUGGACAAGAUCCAGAGCAGCACAGAGAUGGCAACAUGGGCUCCAUGGAAAUGAAAGGGUCGGGCGGAUGGAACAUGACAACGAUAGUAGCUGGGAUGAGUCUGAUUUUGUUGAUUCUGACGCUGCUGAAUCUGGGCCUGUUUUUCAAGCUGUGGGCCAUGGAGGACGUAGCCAACCGCAUGUACCUGAGCACGAAGCAUCGCCUGAGGGAGAGGAGCGAAGCCAGCCUGGCCCAAGGCCCUGUGCACAGAACCAGAGACGAGCUGUACCUUCUGAAGACUGUACUGCAGGACUCCAUCAACCUCUUAGAGCAGCUCCGCAGCUCUCUCGUUGUGCUACAACAAAACUUCGCCACGGCCAAUCAGACGGCGGCGCCGCAGUGACACUCCUCAUCUGAUGACCACAGAACGCCAGCCCCUCCCCCCCUUGCACCACCCUGUAGAGGAAAGACAGGACAGCAGGACCGAACUACCGCUGAUGUUGCCAUGAAGACCGCCCCCAGACCCCCUGACAUGCCAUGUGAUGUGUUGCCAGGGGUUACGCUGACCCUAAGCCUGCCGUGGGGCGUCGGGAUGUUUUUAAAACGCUAACUGACUGAUGCGAGGACACGGUGACAUCAGAGUUCGUUCCACAGGUGGAGCAAGGGGAGAGGAUCUCAGAAAACUUCCCUCGAGUGCCUGACUGUAUUCUGACCUCACACCACAUCCCGUGAACUGCUGAGAACUCUUAGAAGCUGUUGAAUAACCUUGAUUCACAAUUUUUAAUUUUGCACAGUUUAACACUUGCACAAGUGCCUCGUAGACUAUAGGCUUUAUUUUAGAGAUCUUUUUAGAUUAUUAUAUUUUCCACUUUAAAUGGUGGUAUCUGCCACUCUCAUUUUAAACUGUCUUCUCUUUGUAAUCAUGAGAUUGCUGCUCUACACAAACCGCAGGGAAAGCUGCAACUUUAAAUUGACCUAAGAAUGCAAGCGGAAAAAUAAACUUUGAAUUUUACUGUGCAUGGAGCCAGAUCUGGCUGAUGGACGGCCUCAUAUUUAAUACAUAUUUUAUUAAUUUAUAGCUCUGCUCUGGACCAAGAGUCCAAAAAAUGGUGACGUGUUGGAUUUAUCUCUGUCGACAUGAAUAAUCACACUUGUCUGUAUUUGUCUUCUUGUGCAUGUAGGGGUCAGUGGGACUAUCUCAGGUUAUAACAGCACAACAGUCUGUUCUGUGGUUUUCACAUCAAUAUGAACGCUGGUUGUUUUCUUUCUUUAUAAUCACUUGUUGAUGACACACAACUACAAUUCUCUCGAGCCGUUUUUGAUGUUUACAGUGUCGCCCAACUCUCUCUGGAGAAUCUUACUCAGCGUUUCUCAUUUGAAACCACGUCUAAGAGCCACCACUUGUUUGUGUUGUACAGUUUUAGAUAUAUUUCCAAUGCAAUGCUGUAAUAAAUAUGAUCUCUUAA